AUGCAUCAAAGCAAGCAUACCAAAGCUGAUCUAAUACAGCCCGAGAAUCCUUGUACUGCGGAAGUUCAGUUAGCGAAAGAGAAGGAUGUUAGGGAUGGUGGUAUUCUUAUUGGGUGUAAGUCAAAGGCGGGAAAUCAGAAGUUGAAAGCUAUUGUUCAGGAAAAGUUGUCAGAUAGUUAUGUGAUACAUUUAAAUAUUGGUGUCACUAUGCUUUCUUUAAAUUGGCGAGGAAUUACUGAGGAUUUGAAACAGAGGUUGAUAAUUUCUGUUGAUAUCUAA